CAGCAAUGUACAGCGGUAUAUGCAUCUGUGUGUUCCUUGCGGUGCUCUCAGCGAGCUCUUUCGGACAGCAAACUGUGGGCUCGCACAAUGGGAAUCCACUGGCUGCUGAGCUUGAGCAGAGCUUGACAGAACAUCACCGGCAUGUCCGUGCCCCUUCGUCUGCUGGCCCGCUGAAAUCUGUGCCGCGGCUGGAUGGAAGCAUUGACCUGAGAGCUAACAUCGGCACUUUGUUGGCCAAGUAUCUCCAGCAAGCCAGAAAAGGUCCCACUGGAAGGCUCUCAGUUACGGGAAACAGGGUACAGAGCAUUGAUCCUAUGCACAGGAUAAAUGACAGAGACUACAUGGGCUGGAUGGAUUUUGGACGCCGCAGUGCUGAAGAAUACGAAUACUCCUCCUAAAGAACAGCAAACUAUAGCAACAGAAAAAAAAUCACACUCCCAUGUCUGUACAGAAAGAGAAAAAUUAAUUUGUUGUCCUCUUCAAAUCAGUGUUUUAAAAUAUAUCAUGUAUUUGAUGUAAAUUUGUCUGUAAGACUAUACAAUGCAAUAUAUACAUAUGCAGAAUUUUCCAGAAAAUGUUUUCUUUCUUUUGUGGUUUCUCAUACACUGAUAUUAUAUUAAAAUGAUUUCACUUA